CUUUGUGCUGUCAGAAUGACAGUCGCUAAGUAAAAUUGGUAUUUGAAGUUUCUAGAUUACAUUCUGUUACAUCACAUUUUUUCGGGUUUUGCUCGUCUUUGCUGCUAAAGUCGAUUCAAAAAAUCCUAAAAAUGAGUGCCUGGAGACAAGCCGGUCUUAACUACAUCAACUACUCCAGCGUUGCUGCUCAAAUUCUGCGACGCUCUUUAAAACCCGAAUUCCGUGCUGAUGCUCUAAAACGUGAUGCCUCGCACGUAAGGAUUACUCCAUGGGCCGACGGCAAACCAGCGGAUGCUAAGGCAUAAAAAUACAUACAUAACUACUAAGGCACAGCAAGCCAAGUAGAGAAGAUCUACAAUAGCAGUAAGAGAACAUAAGGAUAAUCAUGUAUUUAGCAAUAUUUAAUUAAAAUGUUGUAAAUUAGCCAUCUUUUCCAUCAAAGUCCUUUUUAACUUAUUUAGGGUUCAGUCUCAGAAUUAAAAUAAAAGUUAUAUAAACUAUU